AUGAGUCGCACUGACCUACAAAACUCAUCUUCCACCGAUUCCAUGUUGAAGCAGCCUGACUUUGACACUUUACGCAAGAAAAAGUUCACAUACCGCCUUUUUGGCGUCGGAAUCUCCCACUCCAAGGCUCCGUUGAUGCACAACUUCCUCUUUGGAAAACUUGGUCUCAAAGACUUCAACUAUGAGAUCAUGGACUCGCUGGACGUCGAUCUCUACCUCCAGUACACGGGAGCCAACAAGGAUGCCACCUGUGAAGACGAGUUGGUUUACAAUGGUUCAGCCGUCACCAUGCCCAACAAGGUGACCAUGACGAAGUACGUGGAUCUCAUUGACGACAAUGCUAAGGCCGUUGGUGCCAUCAACACCAUCUACGUCAGAUUCAGAGAUGGAAAGCCCAUCACCAUCGGAACAAACACAGACACCAUUGGAAUCCGUGAUCUGUUGAAGUUCAAUGCUCCUGUUACCGUGGAAAAGAACAUGGAAUCCAAGAAACCUGGCCUUGUCUAUGGAGGUGGAGGUGCAUGUCGUUCCGCCAUCUACGCCUUGUACGAGUACUUGGGAUGCUCCAAGAUUUACGUGGUUAACAGAUUUCCUGAGGAGGUCCAGGCCAUUGCUGAAGAUAUGAAAGCCAACGGUUUUGCCGGAGAGAUUGUUCCUGUUGAAACUCCAGAACAGGCCGAAAAGUUGGAGAAGCCAGAGUUGGUGGUGUUGACCGUUCCAGACUUCGAGGCUGUCUCCGAACAGGAGAAAUUGGCUCGUGCUACGCUUGAGGUGUUCAUCCAGAGCAAGGACAAGGGUGCUGUGCUUGAGAUGUGUUACCAUCCUCAGGAAAUCACUCGUCUCUAUACUGCGUUUGAGAAUGCUGGAUGGAAGGUUGUUGGAGGUGUGGAAGCCAUGAUUUACCAGGGUUUGGCUCAGCAGGUUCUUUGGACUGGCUACGAGUUAGAUGAGAUGCCUGUCAAGGAGGUUGUGGAGCAUGUGUCCAAGAAUGUUCAUCACUAG